AUGGCGGAUCCCUCCGGAGAACCCCCGCCGGAGGCUCAGGCGUCCCCCCCCUCAGGGCAGAGCUCCGAGCAGCUAGACCAGGGGCCCGGCCAGGAGUCCCCACCUGUCCAGGGGCCGUACCAGCCCACUCAGCCCGGCCAGGGCCCUCCACCCGGCCAGGGCCUCUACCAGCCCACCCAGCCCGGCCAGGGGACUCCACCUGCCCAAGGGCCCUACCAGCCCACCCAGCCUGGCCCCUACCAACCCUCCCAAACAGGACAAUCUCCUUAUGAACCUUAUGAACCUCGACAAGCCCCUUAUCAACCUCACCAACCAGGCCAGGAUACCACACCAGGUCAAGCUCCCUAUCAGCCUCACCAACCAGGACAAUCUGCGUAUGAAGCGCAUCAAGUGGGACAAGACCCGAGACGAAGCAUAUAUCAGCCACAUGCCCCGGGACGAGACCCCUAUCAGCCACAGGAACCAAGAGGAAGCCUUUAUCAGCAACAAGAACCUAUGCAUGGUCCUUAUCAGCCUUUUGUACCUGGACAUGGCCCUUAUCAACCACACGACCCAGGCUAUGGGCUCUAUCAGCCAGGAUACAGCCCAUACGAGGAUGAAAUACCUGAUCCUGAACCUAGAGCACUGGCAAUCCAGAAUGCAAAGGCCUAUCUAAUGAAGAGCAGCACAAAGUCUGGCUUGAAUUUAUAUGAUCAUCUUGCUCAAAUGCUGACCCAGAUCUUGGAUGAACGCCCUAUAAAUGCAGUAGACAUCAUUGAGAAUAUCAGUAAGGAUGUGAAAUGGGCUCAGUUCCAGAAAAAAAUGGACACCCUCCGUGAUGAGCAUGAAAUGCUUCCAACAUUUGAGCUGGCAGAGAAAUGUAAGGCUCUGUUCCUCAAGGGGACAGGAGAGGGAGGAGAUCAAGAGCCAGAAGAGGAAAUAACAGAUAGCCCUCUACCCAAUGUGAUGGAGACAGCCUUCUAUUUUGAACAGGCUGGAGUCGGCUUGAGCAUGGAUGAAAACUACCACAUAUUCCUUGCCCUCAAGCAGCUCGUCAGCAUGCAGCCAAUCCAGACAUGUCGCUUCUGGGGCAAGAUCUUGGGCUUGGAGAUGAACUAUAUUGUGGCUGAAGUAGAGUACCGUGAGGGGGAAGAGGAGGAGGAGACAGAGGAGGAAGAAGUGAUUGAGGAGGGGGGAAAAGAGGGGAGUGAGGACAAAGAUGAAGAAGAAGAUGAGGAGAAAGAAGAUGAGCCACCAAAGUCCACCUAUAAGUCCCCACCAGUGGUCCCAAAAGAAGAAAACCGGACUGGCACCAAUAAGUUUAUCUAUUUUGUCUGUAAUGAGCCAGGCAAACCCUGGGUGAAGUUACCUCCAGUGACACCAGUGCAAAUUGUGGCUGCCAGGAAAAUCAAGAAGUUCUUCACUGGAAGGCUGGAUGCUCCUAUUGUGAGCUAUCCACCUUUCCCAGGGAAUGAGGCCAAUUACCUGCGUGCUCAGAUUGCCCGGAUCUCAGCAGGGACCCAGAUCAGCCCACUGGGGUUCUACCAGUUUGGAGAGGAGGAAGGAGAUGAAGAGGAGGAGGGGGGAGCAGGAAGAGACACAUAUGAAGAAAAUCCUGACUUUGAGACCAUUAGUGUGAUGGAACUUGUGGAUUCCCUUUCCAACUGGGUGCAUCAUGUACAGAAUAUUCUAAUGCAGGGCCGCUGUUCCUGGAUUAACCCCUCUCAAAAGUCAGAGGAAGAAGAAGAAGAAGGUGAGGAGGAAGAAAAAGCAGAAGAGCCAGAUGAACCACAGCCAGAAGUGGGACCCCCUCUUCUGACUCCACUCUCUGAAGAUGCAGAAAUUCAGAACAUCCCUCCUUGGACAUCUCAGUUAUCCACAAACCUGGUUCCUCAAUAUGCCAUUGCAGUCCUUCAGUCCAACCUGUGGCCUGGAGCAUACUCCUAUGCUAUCGGCAAGAAAUUUGAUAAUAUCUAUCUGGGCUGGGGUCACAAAUACAGUCCAGAUAACUACACACCCUCGAUGCCCCCACCAGUGCAGACAGAGUACCCUAGUGGGCCAGAAAUCACUGAAAUGAAUGACCCUACUGUGGAAGAGGAGCAGGCACUCAAGGCUGCACAGGAAGAAGCUUUGGCUGCAGCUGAGGAAAUGGAUGAGAUGGAGGAAGAAGAAGAUGAAGAUGAGGAUGAUUAA